AAAGUACAGAAUACGUGCUUUAUAGAGAAGCGCAGGUUUCUCUUUCGGCCGCAAAGUCUUCUUGCCAAACAUUAGGGCAAAGAAUAUAGACAGUCGUAUACGCUUCUUCGUCACCAAUUGCUUCACUUAGUGGUCAUUUUGUCUCUGUUCUAGACACUCCAAAACUCGACGAUUUGAAGAUUGGGAUCUCGGAAUCUAAUGGAACUUCUCCGAUCGAACCUUUCUCGUGUUCGCAUUCCAGAGCCCACUAAUCGCAUCUACAAGCAGGAAUGCUGCAUCACCUUCGACACUCCGAAAUCUGAAGCUGGACUGUUUAUCGAUAUGAAUACAUUUCUUGCGUUUGGGAAGGAUUGUGUGGGAUGGAACUUUGAGAAGACUGGAAACCCAGUUUACUUGCAUAUAAAGCAGAUAAAGAAGCCAGUUCCUGAAGAUAGACCUUUGAAGAAACCGACUCUCUUGGCCAUAGGUGUCAAUGGAGGCUUCGACAACAAUGAAACUGAAUAUGAAGAAACCUACAAUAUAGUCAUAUUGCCAAAUUAUGUAACUCUUCCUUUUCCAUCGGUGGAGUUGCCAGAGAAGGUUAGGCUGGCAGUUGAUGCUAUUUUGCUGGCUGAGGGUGCUGAGCGGAAAGAACAAGUUGCAUUGUGGACUGCUGAUAAGAAUCAAAUUAGUAAAUAUGCGAUGGAUUUGCAACAGAUUGACAAUGGUGUUAUUAUCCCUCCGUCGGGAUGGAGAUGUGCUCGGUGUGACAAGACUGAUAACCUUUGGUUAAAUUUAACCAAUGGAGUGAUCCUUUGUGGAAGGAGAAAUUGGGAUGGCAGUGGUGGUAACAACCAUGCGAUUGACCAUUUCAAAGAAACUGGCUACCCUCUUGCUGUAAAGCUUGGGACCAUAACGGCUGAUCUGGAGGGAGCAGAUGUUUUCUCUUAUCCGGAAGAUGAAAGUGUCGUGGACCCACUUUUAGCACAACAUCUGGCAUUCUUUGGCAUUGAUUUUUCAUCCUUACAAAAGACUGAAAUGACAACUGCAGAAAGGGAACUUGAUCAAAACACCAAUUUUGACUGGAAUCGGAUUCAAGAAAGUGGGCAGGAAGUUGAACCGCUAUUUGGACCAGGUUACACGGGACUUGUCAAUCUUGGCAACAGUUGCUACCUGGCUGCAACUAUGCAAGUUGCGUUCUCAACACGUGCCUUCUGUUCACGAUAUUACAUGAACCAAAGCUUGAAACUUGCUUUUGACACUGCUCCUGCUGAUCCAACCGUAGACCUGAAUAUGCAGUUAACAAAACUUGCUCAUGGUUUGCUUUCUGGUAAAUAUUCGGUUCCAGUUAUACAGAAAGAAGAUACCAUAAAUGCUGCAAAUUCAACUCCAAUUGUUGAGGGUAUACCACCGCGUAUGUUCAAGUCGUUGAUUGCUGCCAGCCAUCCUGAAUUUUCGACUAUGAGACAACAGGAUGCAUUAGAGUUCUUCCUGCAUUUUAUCGACCAAGCUGAACGAAUCAAUUCCGGGAACCCUAAAUUCGAUCCGACAAGAAGUUUCAAAUUUGGCAUUGAGGAGCGUCUUGAAUGUCCUUCUCGGAAGGUUGCUUACAAUAGAAGACACGACUAUAUUCUUUCUUUGAAUAUCCCACUACAUAAGGCUACUAACAAAAAAGAGGUAGAAGACUUCCACAAAUUGAAGGCAGAAAAGAAGGCAGAAGGGAAGGAAAUAUCGGCUGAAGAAAUUGUUCGCCCAAGGGUGCCUUUAAAGGAGUGCCUCGAAAGCUUUUCAGCUCCAGAGGACGUCCAUGAUUUUUACAGCACUGCCUUGAAGGCUAAGACAGUGGCAAUCAAAACUGCAGGUCUGACUUCGUUUCCUGAUUAUCUGGUGUUGCAUAUGCGAAAAUUUGUCAUGGAGGAAGGCUGGGUGCCUAAAAAGCUUGAUGUUUAUGUAGAUGUUCCUGAGAUCAUAGACAUUAGUAACAUGCGGAGCAAGGGUCUUCAACCAGGGGAGGAGCUCUUACCUGAAGUUGCUGCUGGGGGUGAGGUCGAAUCGAAACAGCUUUUGGCUGAUGAGGUUAUAGUUUCCCAACUUGUAUCAAUGGGUUUUAACUGUCUUCAUUGUCAAAAGGCUGCUAUCAACACCACAAAUGCUGGAGUUGAGGAGGCAAUGAAUUGGUUACUUUCUCACAUGGAUGAUCCAGAUAUUGAUGCUCCCAUUUCCAAAGAGGCUCAAAGUACCGAGGUCUUGUCAUCAUAUGUCGAUCAAUCAAAAGUUGAUACUUUGGUUUCCUUUGGUUUUGAAGAAGAAAUUGCUCGGAAGGCACUGAAGGCCUCAGGUGGUGAUAUUGGGAAAGCAACAGAUUGGAUAUUUAAUCCUGUUGCUUCUGGUUCAUCAGAUAUGGAUGCUACAUCAAGCACUGCACCUGUUAAUGAUGCUCCACUACCUGAUGGAGGAGGAAGAUACCGGCUUAUUGGUGUUGUGAGCCACAUUGGUACCUCCACUCAUUGCGGUCAUUAUGUUGCUCACAUUUACAAAGACGGGAGGUGGGUCAUUUUCAAUGAUGAAAAGGUUGGGGUUUCCAAAAACCCUCCAAUAGACAUGGGGUACUUAUACUUUUUUGAGAGACUCGACAAUUGAAACAGAUGAGAGAUACCACAGUGGGAGGGCAACUGAGUUUCAGAGGUUGGUAAAAAAAGCAACAGCGGAUAGCUUCAAACCCCAGCUUUGAUUUGUGGGGGUUUUAAAACUUUUCUUAAUUUUGCUUCAUCUAUACCAGUUGCUUCAAGAAUUGCACUCGGAUUAAAAUUUGUUAUUUCCUUCAAAUGGCAUGUUAAAGUUUCAGUUUUAAUGGAACCAUAUAUUGGGAAUAAUGAUUGAAUGGGAUCACUUUUUUCAA